AUUUCUUCAUCUUCAUCUCCAGCUAAACCUGCAACGGUCAAACUCUUCUCAGUAGUCACCCAAAAUCCUAAGCCAUGGACAUUUCUCUAACCAGAGGAGUCCUUGCCCAUGGCGGAACACCCAAUCUCCUUCUCUUCUCUCCUCAUUCAAUUCCAACUUUGCAACAAUGGCCUCCUUCGAAUCUCCGGUUCUCCACCCCAAAGCCCUCGAUUUCUCAAAUUAGGGUUAGGGUUUCUGCCACUGGCGUUUCAUCGACUGGACGAGAGAAAAACCCUGUGAUCCGGAGGAUCAAGAACGUAGCUAGAACUGUGAUCUUGACUACAACAGUCGCAGCUUUGACGCUCGGGAGGUUCUCUGGGUUACCUGCGAGAGCUGAGGCUCCGCAGACAAUGACGGAGGAGAAGCAAGCGUUUGAAGAGGAAGAAACCAAGGAAUCGCCGCUUUCACAGUUUCUUGAGUCGCAUUCUGAUGCUGUUGAUGCGUUGAAAUCUCUCUUGCAACGGAAGCUUGAAGACGGAGAAGACGAGGAAGGUUUGAAGAUCUUGAGACGCCUAGUUGAGGUUCAACCGUUGGAGGUGGAGUGGAAAUUUCUAAUGGCGAGGUUGCUGAAUGAGAUGGGAGAGAAUGCUGAAUCUCGAAAGGUUUACGAAGAUAUUUUGGCGGUAAAUCCUCUCUCUUUCGAAGCCCUAUUCGAGAAUGCCUUGCUUAUGGACCGUUGUGGAGAAGGAGUGGCUGUUUUAAAGCGUCUCGAAGAAGCACUGGAACUUGCAGAGGAGGAGCAGAAAAGUAAGGAAGCGCGUGAUGUGAGAUUAAUUAUGGCUCAGAUUCAAUUCCUUCAGAAAAAUAUUGAUGAGGCUUUAAAGAGUUACCAAGAACUAGCAAAGGAAGACCCAAAAGAUUUCAGGCCUUUUUUCUGCCAAGGUGUGAUUUAUAGCAUGCUUGAUAGAAACAAAGAGGCAAGAGAACAGUUUGCAAAGUACCAUGAUCUUUCGCCAAAGAAGUUCGAGGUCGAUGGUUUUUUGCAGACUCCAUUGACAAGGAUGAAGCUCUUCGGGACUGAUUCGGAGAAUUGAAAAUAGGGAUUGUUUUGCUGUUGAGUAUUUGAAAUAAUUGGAGAGAUGAGUUCGUUUCUCUGUACGGCGACAAUGGGUUUCCUGGUAUCUCUUUACCUCUGUUAAAAUUCUUGUAGUUCAUUUCCAGUUUUGUUCUUGAAAAAAUUUCAAAGCAAUGCUAUUGAAUAUUCCAUGGCAACUUCCCAUGAAUUGUUGGAAGAAAUGGGAAAAGGAAAUUAAAAAUCUGUUCUACUGCAUCUAUGGAUAAAUUUACAAAGUUCUGCAGUAGUUCUGCUUCCCCAAAUUAAGAAUAGAAUUGCUACUGUAAGUAACUUUUCUUGUAAAGUUGGGAGACAGAAAUUAAAUAUAGUCUAUCUAGUGAUUUUCCUUUGGCUUCUUUAAA